AUGAUUUCCACUCUGGGUACGUGGGAUGAAGGGAUUCGUGCUUUUCUAAAAAAUGUAAGUCAAAAGGGACCAGAACCGUGGGACAUGAGUUACGAAGAAAGACGACGACUCACACUUGAGCCUCGUGUUUUGCGGCAAUUAGAAUUGGAGGAUGAAUGGAAGGAGACAUGUAUGGAAGGGAUUUGGAAUGGAAUGCGUCGCUUUGCACGUCCAAUGGAGGAUUACAAGUUAUCAGAAAGUCGUUUUUAUGAGUAUUUGUUGUCAAUAGGUAUUUCUAGUGAAUAUCUUAAGAUUAGACUUUUUCAACUAUUUCGAGUUGAACCUUCUGCUGAAAUUGAUUGUCUCCGCGUUUGCAAGGCUCUUUAUAUGGGAUUAACCGAUGAGGGCACCUCCUCAAAUUUCCUUACUCAUUGCUAUAAGUCCCUCCCUUGUAGUCCUCUCACUAGUGAAGUUGAUCGUUCUGCUGUAUUAAAGGCUUAUGAGCAGCAGCAGCAGCAGCGUCUUACAAAGGAGCAAAAAAAUAGUGCAGAUUUGAGAAAACAACAGUUAGAAGGUGUUUUGAGUUUUUACGAAGACACAGAUGGUGUUGUCUUUGAUAUUGAUGCUUUUAAAUCUCUCUUUUUUGAGGCUGGAUGGCAUUUAUGGGCGAGUAGUUUUGUUAAACAAAUUUUUGAAGCUGCUGCCAAGUACUUUAAUAGUCCAUAUGGUUCUUUCCCUGUAAUUCCUUUGCGAUGGACAAAAAUGGCAGAACCCUUACCCUACAGUCGGGAUGUAGUUUACGAUGCUGAUUCGCUUCUGCUUCAAAAUAUCGAACUGACAGGAAAGGAUAACAUCGAUAUGAAACAAAAAGGAAAAAAGCGUCGUGGACGCAAAUCCCAAAAAAAAUGA